GCCCGACCUUGCCCUGCUCAAUCAUCAAUUGGGUGCCGUCCACAAGCUAACGUCUGCUCACCACUCUCAAAAGGUAGCCGGACCCUGACCUUCUGAUAAGCAUACUAAAAAGCUUCGAGAUCCAUCAAAAAUAAAUCGUCAUUCAAAUAGUCUAGAGAAAACAAGCGGAAAAGUGAAAAGCGCCAGCCUAGUCCGAGUUCCCACACAGCAGUAACAACAGAAAGCAUCACCCCUUCUUCAACGUACCCAGUCCCCGCCAAACCCAGCAUCGCCGGCGGUCCGGGGUCUGUCUUUUUUUCCUACCUUGUACCUUCAACUUGUACACAAUCCCACCACAAACCAAAGCGCAAUUUUCGACCGGCAUCAAGCUUCCAGGAUCCCGUCCCCCUUCAAUUGUCGACUUUUUUGCUCUUGUCCGUUCUGUGUCUGUGAUUCUGGCCUGCCAACUUAUCCCGCCCGCCUCAAUAACUGCUGCCACCCCCCCAAUUCCCGUCUCUUCUCCCAAGUCUCGCCUUCUUUUGGUUGACCCGGCCCCCAGCCAAACCGUCCGCCAGUACCGUACGUUGAACAUCUUCCUUGUCUUUUCUUAUUCUUAGUUACCCCAUCUCGUAGCCCUCGUGCCCUUCCCUACGCUAGGGUUGGGUUUCUCUCGCAGUGACCAUGGACGGCCAGCUCUCCCUCCUCUCGCCCACCUCGUCCUCCUCCACUUCGCAUAGUCGCAAAAGACUCACAAAGAAGCAACGCCCGCCAUCCGCAAAUCACCGCACUAGCUCCUCUUUCAAUGUCGAAUCGCUCCGUAUUGACGCCCAAUCUCUAGACAGCAAACGGAGCGCCUCCAGCCUGCGCCAGGGCCCCAACUGCAACCAAAGCCCAUCUCUGGCCAGGACCGUAUCCGUCCCAGUCUCCGUCCCUUCAAACGCGCCCGCCCACACCAAAGCCAGCGACCUCUCUCUGCCACGCUCCCACACCACUCGCUCUCAAUCCGCAAAUCGCCCUUACAAUCCGACGCAGACAAUACCAACCAACCGCUUUAUCCUCUCGCCGGCCUCAUCGUCGCAACCCCAAACUCAAUCGCCGCCUUAUCCCAGCGCUGUUGCCAGCACCACCGUUACUAGCUCCAGGAACAAGGACACAUCCAAGCAGUACGACCCACUAGACUCCUGCAUUGGAUCCUUCGAUCAAAACAAAUUAUCCACGGAUGAACUGAUUGGCGCUCCAUUCGACGGCAACGCCAUUCUCAGUCGAAUCGAGGCAACAAAAUUAUCAGCCGCGCCCGCGCCCACGUCCACGACCACGAUUGCGCACUCCAACAACAUUUCUCCUCGUCGUGUCGCUCCUCCUCCUCCUCCUCCCCCGCCUGCUCUAUCGCGCUCAAACACGGACUCCAAGGCUGCGAGAUCUUCAAAACCGUCAAAGUCGCCCAAAUCCACCAUAUCAAACAAGACCAUGGGCGCAUCUUCAUUCCGCCACUCGGCGAGUUUCUCGUCGGCUGAACAACUUCCGCCAAGCGAAAAGCCGUCCAAGUCAGAGAGCAGCUCUUCGAGUAACAAGAGACACUCCGGUGAUGGUAAAGAGUCCAGGGUGCCCGGUAUGCUAAGGAAGAAGUCGGGCUUCUCCGGCUUCAUGAACAGCUUAGUUGGGUCUCCGAAAAAGCCAUUGAUUUCGGCGCCAGAGAACCCCGUUCACGUCACACACGUCGGAUAUGAUAGCAAUACUGGCCAGUUCACGGGUUUGCCAAAAGAGUGGCAGCGUUUGAUAAGCGAGAGUGGAAUCACUGAGAAGGACAGAAGAGAACACCCACAAAUACUGGUCGAUGUCCUCACAUUUUACAAGGAGACAACCGAGAAGCCACAGGAAGAUCAACAGCUAGAGAAGUUCCACGAUGCACGAGCGACAGAUUUUCGCAGCCCGCCCGUGACCGGCACCGCUCCGCUCGUACUGCAAACAGGCGUUGGCUACGCUCAUGGUCCCAUGUCGCCAAUGAUUAGUCCACCCGCUAGUCCUAGGUUUCCUCAAGUUGGUCAUGAGGGCAGCUUUGAGAACCCCCGUGCGCCGCCGCCGGUUCCCAAGGGCCCUGGCCCUCUUCCAGCAAAGGAUAUCAACUUGAUCCCCAGCAGACCGGCACCGAAGCCACCAGCAAUAUCCACACGACCGCUGGUGCCGCCAGCCUCAUUGCCAGCCAAGGAUUCAGGAAUUGGCAUGCCACCGCCCGGUGAUGAGGCUCCGAUGCCGUACCUCCCUCCCAAGGAUAAUGUCCAGCAUAUGUACCAGGAGGAGCACAGGAACAGGUCCAGAUCGAAUUCCCGGACAAACGGCGCUGCCCCGUUCUCUCCCGUGCAGGCGUCCCCACUGCAUCCGAUCGCCACGGCGAACCAGACUGCGGCUUAUCAGCAGCAAUUGUUGCAACACCAGCAAGAACAGGCCAUGGCCCAAGCCCAGGCAGCAAUGAGCGGUCAACUGAGCCGAGCUGCAAGCAAGAGACAACAACCAACUCCGCCCACCUCACAACACCAACACCCCCGGCAGCCAGACAUCAAUGGGGCUCCUCGUAUGCCACAGACUCAGGGGGCGGCUCCCCAAGCUAGCGCGAGACCCCGUCACAGACCGCGGCAAAGUAACGCGAUUGAUGUCGUGGCUUCCCUAAAGAGGAUAUGCUCCGACGGGGAUCCGAGAGAGAUUUAUCGUGGGUUUACCAAAAUUGGUCAGGGUGCCUCUGGUGGUGUGUAUACUGGCCAUGAAAGGGGAAGCAACAGGCUGGUGGCUAUCAAGCAGAUGAACCUUGAGCAACAGCCAAAGAAGGAUCUCAUCAUCAAUGAGAUUUUGGUUAUGAAGGAGAGCUCACACCCCAAUAUUGUCAACUUUAUUGACAGUUACCUAUGUGCUGGGGAAUUGUGGGUAGUCAUGGAAUACAUGGAGGGUGGUAGCUUGACGGAUGUUGUCACGUUCAACAUCAUGACUGAAGGGCAGAUCGCGUCAGUUUGCCGAGAAACCCUCAGAGGCCUUCAACAUCUGCACUCCAAGGGCGUCAUACACAGAGAUAUCAAGUCAGACAACAUUCUCCUUAGCAUGGAAGGCAAUAUCAAGCUCACCGAUUUUGGAUUCUGUGCUACAAUCAACGAAGCUCAAAGUAAGCGUACGACAAUGGUCGGCACGCCUUAUUGGAUGGCGCCCGAGGUUGUGACACGUAAAGAGUACGGCCGCAAGGUGGAUAUCUGGUCAUUGGGCAUCAUGGCCAUCGAGAUGAUUGAAGGAGAGCCUCCCUACCUGACCGAGUCGCCUCUUCGAGCGCUUUGGCUCAUUGCGACCAACGGCACGCCGCACAUCAAGGAUGAGCAGUCACUCUCACCAGUUUUCCGCGACUUCCUCUACUUUGCCCUCAAGGUGGACCCGGAGAAGAGGGCCAGCGCUCAUGAUCUACUAAGGCACGACUUCAUGAACAAGUGCGUCGACCUAUCAACACUGGCGCCCCUUGUCCGAGCAGCAAGGGAAGCCCGAGCCCAAGAGAAGGCCCGUAAAGGGCAGUAGUGUAUGAUUCUUCUAGGCGUUCUGUGCUGUACACGCACGCACGAGAGAUAUUCCCCUGGAGCGUUAUUGUUUCACAUCCCCCUUUUUGUUCUUUAAUUUUUUUUUCUUUUUUUUUUUUCCCCUUCUGGGUUCUAAAGCAAUUCUCUUCUGCAGCAGAGAUUUGUGGAUUAGGUGUGGUUAUCAACCCUAUCUCUACCUUUACGUGGCCGGUCAGGUCUUGAUUUUGCAUCUGCUGGAAUUUCUUUCUUGGUUCGAGAUAUCUGUGGGUACCCGACACAUAACAUAUGUACUUCGAUCCUUAAACGCCAAUUCUUCUAGGACUUUUUCUUUAUCUUUGUUCACGAACGAAGGAUAUUCUGCCCCAACGAGCGAAGCGAACCCGGAGCACACACGUAUACACACCUCUACACAGGAGGAAAAAACGAACCGUUGCACAGCGAGCGGAAUACGAAAUGCAAAGUAUGCAAGCAAACAAGCCGAAAUCACAGCGAAGUAGGCAUAGCACAGCGAGCCGGAGCGCGACGGAUGUUUUAUGUUUGCUGGUUUCCUCGAUACGGCAACGGCCUUUCGAGAUACACAGGUAACUGAAGUCUUUGCCUUCUUUACGGGUUAUUACGGAAUUCGGGUUGGGAAACUGGGAAUUGUCAAGAGGCGGAACAUCUUUUUUUCUUGGUUACGGAUGAUAUUUAUGGCAACUAUACAACAUGGACGAAGAAUUUGAACUGCUGCACCAAGAUGGAUGGGGCCAGAUUUUCACUUCAAGGGCUCACAGUGUGUUUAUCAGGUAGGGACGUUGUUGGCGUUUCUCACACUGGCAGGGAAAGGACGUCAGGGACAAAGUGCACGCUUGGAACGGGAUGAGGGAGACAUGAACGAUGGCUGGGCUGGAGAAUACAGAAGUAUUACUUGAAGUGGACGUUGAGAGACUUGACCCUUAU